AUGGCAGCGACAGGCGAGGCUGACGAUCGACCGCCUGCUGCCGAAGAUGUGGAGGCCUCUGCAGAAGCGGACCUUGCGCGCGUCGCCUCCCCCGCGGGGAUGGAGCGCGUUCGAAUGGAGCAGAUCAGCUCCGGUCCCGUGGACUUCGUCGCCAGAUGUGUUCAGGGACUCUUCGCCGGGAGGUUCAUCUACAUCAACAGGACCCCCCAAGGGGAGCUCUUUGGAAGCGACAGGAGUAGCAACUCGGUGACCAUGUACAUCGAGAAUGCGGGGCUGGCUCCCAGUCACGCGGAGAUCAAGUUCAACGUCGGAACGUGUCAGUACUUCCUGCGGGACGCAGGCAGCGACGACGGCACGUGGAUCCGGAUACGAUGGAACCGCUCUGUUGAGCUCGCCGCCGGGCAAGAGAUGAGGAUCGGCAACUCGCUGAUCGAAGUCCGCGAGGGCCCCGCGAUCACUGCGGAGGAGGAGGUGGCGCAGUGGCUUGCCGCCUACCAGCUGCAGAAGUUUGCACCCCUGCUGAGAGAGAAGGGCUUCAAGAGCCUGGCAGAGGUCCAGGAGCGCCUCCUUGAGGAGCUCCCAUCGAUGCUCAGCACAGACCUCUCCAACGAAGACUACCAGGUGAUGGAGUCCGCGGCGAAGGAAAUAGACAGGAUGUGGCCAAGCAACGCCUUCCCUGCCCACAAGCUGGAGUUUUACAUACGCCCGGCAGAGGGCACCACCCCGACCUCGGGCAUUGUGCCGCCGGAAGACGCACCUCCGCCUGACAGUGACGAAUGCUCGCAAGGCGUGGUGGCAUCGGUUGGCUGGGCUGGCGGAACCAUCAGCCUCAUUCCAGCCGGCGUCACCGUUAAGGAGCCAGACAACUUGCCAGACCUUCCGUUAACAACAUCGGCGACGUCAAAGGACGUGCCGGUUGGGCAGGCCCUCAUAUCGGGCUGGCUGUAUCCUGAGCAGUUGAAAAUCGGCUACUCGUUUGGAAGAUACUACGUGCACCUUAGCGAGCAGUCAUCAGAGUCAGAGCAGAGAGGCUGGGUCCGGCUGAGACCAGAUCAGCAGCAUUGGCUGAUGCCGCAGGAUUUCUUCUCGAUUGGUACCCUCGUGUUUCAGGUCCUACGCUUCAAUGCAGCCUCGUACUCCGAGCAAGGCUUCCGAGCAACUAUGGAGGACGAGGACAUCCUGGUCCAAGACUUGGCCACGUCAAACUGGCGGCAAUGCUCCUACUUUGGCAUCUAUGAUGGACAUGGUGGUCGCGACUGCGUGAACUUUGUGCGCAGAAGACUGCACAUCAACAUCAUUGCUGCGCUCCACUCCAGAGGGGGUCUUGACAAGUCGCUGCAGGUACAUCAGGACCUGCACGACAGCCUUCUCCAAGGCUUCCUCAAGACAGACCAGCAGUUCCUGGGGCUGUCACAGGGCAUGGAGAACGGCGGCUCGGGGAGCACCGCCGUGGUAGCCUGUAUCGUCGGUGGCUGGGUUUGGUGUGCCAACGUGGGAGACAGCCGGGCGCUGCUGUGCCGAAACGGUCGCGCCUUGCAGCUCUCCCUGGACCACAAGCCAAGCCGCGCGGACGAAUCCAAACGGAUCGAAGAGGCGGGUGGCUUCGUCUCCUUCCACCGCGUGCUCGGCCGGUUGGCCGUUUCGCGCGCCUUUGGAGACGAAGAGUACAAGGUUGGGGUCACCAAGUCUGACAGCGUUACGCAGCCUCUGGUCAUCGCCGAGCCAGAGAUACGGGUCGAGCAGCUGUGUCCUGAGGAUGAGUUCCUCUUCAUGGCGUGCGACGGGCUCUUCGCCGUAUUCUCCUGCCAAGAGGCAGUGGACUUCUUGCAUGCCCGUCUGGCUGCGAUGCCGCCCAACGAGCAGGAUCCCCAAAAGGCGGUGCAGGAUAUUGUGCACGAAGCCAUUCACGAGCGCCGCUCGCGCGACAAUGUCACUGCCCUCCUCGUGACCUUUCGCCGCGCUGUUCUGAGCAAGCGGCAGUGA